AUGGACCUUAUGGAGGCCGGAGGGCAGAGAAAGCUCCAAUUGCAAGAGUUGGAGGAGCUAAGGCAUGAAGCUUAUGAGAACGCUGCAAUUUAUAAGGAGAAAAGCAAAAUUUUUCAUGACCAACAAGUUUCAAGAAAGUCAUUUGUCGUAGGGCAAAAAGUCCUACUCUAUCACUCGAGACUUGAGCUUUUUCCUGUGGAAAUCCAAAGUCUUAAGACAGAGAAAAGGUUCGUAGUCAAUGGUCACCAUCUAAAGCCUUAUUAUGAAGGGUUUAAUAGUGAGCAAGUGGAGGUUCUAUUCCUUGAUAAUCAAAGUGGUGAAGUCUAA